AUGAUGGCAGCUCUUUGGGCUUUGAGGGAGACAUACGAGAUGUCUUCAUCGACUCACAACCAUCAAGUUGAUAGAUCAUCACGCGAAGUCCACAAAACGAACUCAUCUCAAAUAUUCCUGGCCAUGGGACGUAAGAAGAGAGGCGACUUAGAAGAGGAAGGUCCAAAGAACGCGACAGCAUCACCUGGACCAGCUUCCAAUGUUGGACGAGCAGCCAAACAACCCAGAAUUGUUGCUCCACAACGAAAGAAGAGACUUUCAGAUGAAUCGGAACCAAAAACGAAUCCUCGUAACUCUAAACGACCGGUUAAAACAGGGAGACCUGCUUCAAAGACGAAGAAAUCAAAAGUUACUGAAUCGAUGGAGGUGGUGAAAGAAGUGGCGGAGGAAGAGGUCGAAUUGAAGGAAGAUGUUGAUGAAGUAUCGCCUGAGAUUCAAAAAGAAGAACUGGCAAGAGAAAAACUAUUCGCGGAGAUACAAGAGGAAUAUUAUGAUAUUGUCGAAGAACUCCCUUUGGAAUUGGAUAGAAACUUUACCUUGAUUCGUGAGAUGGAUGUCAAUGUGGAAGAAUGUUCAGAAGAAAUUCACGAGGAUUUAUAUGAAUACCUUCAAGUUGCGCAAACCAUCAACCAUCUUUCAAAGCCAGAAAACAAUGAAGUUGAGGGACCUUCAGUUCCCGGUACAGCACCUUCACAUCUUACUGAAGAAUCGACUCAACUUCCAGCCGAAUUUGUAUAUUCUCUAUGGAGUGAACUUGCUAAUAAGAUUUCAAAAGUUCAAAAACUAUCUCGAGAUAAACUCGAUCUCGCAGAAAAAGUUUAUGAAGGCCUUGAUCGACAUCUCCGACGAAUCGAUGCUGAACUCGAUAAAUAUCCAGAUCUAGAAGAUCAAGAUCAAACUGGAGAGAAGAGUGACCAAGGUGAUCAAUCUAUCAAUCCGACCGACCUUCCAACUCUCUCUCAGAAUGAGCAACCUGCCCUCGGACCCGAACCAUCCCCAAUUGUCAAUGAAGCUGAAGCCUCUGUUGGCCAAGUCAAAGCACCGUCUAAGCCGAACAAAAGGAAGAAGUCGAACAAGCUGAUCAAAAACCUUAGAUCACUUUCUACUAAAUCCCCUCGACUAUCAUUCCUGGUUUCCAAACCUCAAGAUAUCCAAACAACCGACCUACCUGAUACAUCUACCUCCAUGAAUGGCUACAGUAUUGGCGCACCUGAAGCCUCUUCCUCAGAUCUGGUGCCUGACGGAGUUAGAAAAUCCGAUCGACAUUCACCUCGUCUUCAGACCUUAUCAAAUCUUAGUCCUCGAAAACCAUCUAUCAUCAAGCUUACCGGGAUCUUUGCAGAUCCACAACCCUCCGCUGGACCCUAUAGACCCGAAACCUUAUCGAUGUCACCUUCAAUGACAAACACUCGAGUUCCUAGCCCUAGUCGACAAACCCAAGGUAGUCCGACCCUUUUUGUUCCUCAGAUCCAUCCAGAACAGACAACGGUAGAUAUGAGAAGAAGUAGUCCGGUCCUGAGAGAACGUAGAUCAGUAAGCGCUUCGAUUGAAAAGAGAACAAGGACUCCUAGUAUAUCAAAUCGUAAAAAGGUUCAAGAAGAUUCGCAGAAUUCGAAUGUGAUGUUAGAUGGAGAAUUAUCAAGUCUGGCCGAAGAAGAAAAACCGUAUUGCUAUUGUAACAAAGUAUCCUAUGGAAUCAUGAUUGCAUGUGAUAAUGAGAAAUGUGAUGGAGGAGAAUGGGUUAGUUGA